AUGGACAGAGCCAAGAGGCAGCGGGCCCUGACCCUUCUUCCCAUCUGCCUGGCCCUUGCCUUCUCCCUCACUGCUCUGGGUAGUAGCCACUGGUGUGAGGGGACCCGGCGGAUGACAAAGCCACUUUGCCAAGACCCGCUGGGAGGGCUGAACUGCAUUCACUUCAGCCAGGCCAAAGGCAGCAGUGGCAGGGAGGAUGAUGGGAACCAGGCUGUCCAGUACAUUUGGGAGAUGGGAGACGACAAGUUCAUCCAGCGCAGGUUCCACGUGGGGCUCUGGCAGUCCUGCGAGGAGAGCCUCAACAGCACAGAUGAGCAGUGUAGGAGUUUCUGGAGUAUAAUACCGACUGAGGAACAAGGUGUUUUGUGGCUUUCCAUUGGGGCUGAGGUCCUGGAUAUCUUUCUGAUGCUGACAAGUGCCCUCUUUCUGGGUUCCAGAGUGAGUUUUCACAGCUCUGGAUUCAACUGGCUCAAGGUGGAUGCCUCAGUAGCCAUUCUCAUGGUGCUCGCAGGGCUCCUAGGCAUGGUGGCCCACAUCAUGUACACAACUAUUUUUCAAAUCACUGUGAACCUUGGACCAGAAGAUUGGCGGCCUCAGACGUGGGACUAUGGCUGGUCAUAUUGCCUUGCCUGGGGUUCUUUCGCCCUCUGCAUGGCUGUGUCGGUCGUGGCCAUGAGCAGAUACACAACAGCCCACCUGGAAUACACAGAGGAGCAGAGAGCACAGAAGGGCAGGCAGUACUCUCAGGACUGUUCUCCAGAACUUGAUGCUUCAAAGAAGGUUUGGCAAACCAGAGCUGUUCCCAUUCCUACAGGACAUGCCCUUGUUAAUGUUUUGGGGCACCCAGGUGCCCCAGGCAAGGUGUCUGUGUGCUAGGCCAUGUGCACCUAAGCCAGGCACUGGUACCCACAUUGAACAUCUCUGUA